UGGUGGUGGUGGAGAACCUGGCUUGGUGGGUGGGUGUAGGGUGGGGAGGUGAGGCACUUUCAUCACCACCACAGAGCCACUUCCACAAAACUCUUGUGACCUUCCCCUUGCUCAAAAAUGGACGUCCUGAAAUCUGCCCCCUGUUCAUUCUUAUUGUCCUAGCUGUCACUCCAAGCUAGCCUGUUCAUUUCAUCCUGGGCUAUCAGAAAUCAACAGGAAGAUUGCAGGUCCUUGCAACUUCUUAGCAAGGCUUGGCUAACAUCUCAGUGAAUGUGGAAAGGAUAAAACUCCUCUAUCAUUCCUGAAAAAUGGAGAUUCCUACAAUCACUAUUGGCAGCAAAGCUGAAAUUGUACAGGUAGAGGACAGCAAACCUGAAAAACCAAAUGGGGAGAAUAUUGAAGAGAGCAGCAAACCCAAAGAGCUAAAUGAAAAUGCCCAGGACAGCAGCAACUCCCAAGAGCUAAAUGAGCUGGCUGAAGUCAACAGAUCCCCACUUCAAGAUGCGCCGGCCGAAGAAGAAAAGCCGCAAGGCCCAAAUAAGCAGGCAGAAGAUAGCAAAUCUGAAGGCCCAGAGGGACAUGUUGAAGAGGCCAAACCUGAAGAGUUAGGUGAGUCAGCUGGAGAGACCAGCGAAAUUCUAGAGUUAGAUGAAGUGUCUGAAGACCUCAGACUCCAUGACCCUGGUCAGCAAGCUGGAGAAAGCACACUACAAGGUUUAAAUGAACAACCCGAGGACAGUAAACCCCAAGAUUUAAAAGACUGGGCUGAAGAACAGAUGAAGAUGCUAGAAGAACAACACCCUGAUGAGGAGUCGGUCCUGUCUUCUGUUCCUGAUUCUGAGUAUGUCAGUAUGGCAGAGUGGCAGAAUGAACGACUUAGCUCUUCUUCCCCUGAAUCCAGGAUAGAUGACCACAGCAGUGUUCUGGAGGCACAGACAGAAGAUAGUAAACCCCAAGACCUAAAGGAGAAGACUGAAGAACAAGUGGACACCUCUCAGAACAAGAGUGAGAAGGAACCUUCUCUAUACAGCGACACAACAUCAUGGAAGAAACCCACUAAAAAACAGAAGGAUGAAGCCAGUAAUACCGAACAGAGGAAUAACCUUUACACCAGGCCAGUGAAUAUACGGAACCGAGCACCUGGAAGGCCACCACUUCAGGGAUUUCUUUCUCAACAAUUCAAACCCAAAACUGCCGAUAAGGCAAUUCAGUGUAAUAAGCUGCUCAUGCGGCGCUUGCCACUACCUGGAACACAACCACCUCAGAGAAGUAUCAUCCCCAGGGUAUCACCUCCUGCUGCCUGUGAGAACAAAGCUACUCAGAUUUCCCAGUCCUUUGAGAGGCUCCGUAAAAGGCCACCUCCUUUAGUCCUAAAGAAAAAGAACGAGGACAAGGCGAUUGUCCAGGUAUCUCCAAGCAAGACCAGCCCACCCAACUUGUACAGCGGGAAUGGACACAUGAGCAAUGGCAAUGGAAGCAUGCGCCAGAGCGGCGGAGGCAUGCACAAAAGGAGCGGAAUCUUGAACAAAGGGAUUAGCAGUCAUCCCCCAAAGCGAGUGGCAGCCAGUACUGUUGCAUGGGCUUCGUCCCCGACAGUGAAGAAGGGAAAGAGUAAGGGACCUAAUGUUGUCUAUAAUAUCUACUUCAAUGUCUGUGAUGGGUGGAAAGGUAUUGAUCGAGAACAUCAUAUAGGAACUUCCUGGGAAGAAGGUGUAGAGUGGGUGGGACUCUCCAGAGCCUGCAUAGUUUUCAGCAGCCUUAAAUCAGGAAAGAUUCAUGUCAGUAACCUCCAUCCUAUCCUUGAUGUUCUGGGGGUCUUAGUGACCAGUGAGGAAAUGUAUCAUGCUCUCAACUUCGUCAAUGUGAAUGAAUCUGGCAACCUGGAUUUCACUGAAUUCCUAGAAGUUGUGAACAAAACCUCACCCUUUGCCGAAACUGAUGCCCUUCAGAACACGCUUCGGGCUUUUAGGAAGAUAAACAAUGGCAUGGUGAAUGUGUAUGAUUUGUCAUCCGUUCUGAGGGACCUGGAAGUUCAUCUAAGCACUGAGGAAAUACAGACAACACUGGGACACACACGGCUUAGUAAGAAUAAAACAAUAGACCUUUCAGAAUUCAUGUUAGCUGCAAGGAAUCUGCAAAGAAGUCUUGAAAAAGAAGAAGAAGUGCUCCAGGAUGAAUACACCACUAUGGGAAAGAGACCUUUUCAAGAUGUGACUGAGCUUGUCAGUGCAGAAUCCAGAUGGAGAAGAAAAUACCAAAGCUACUUGGAUGAGGAGAUGGCCACCUCCACCUCCUUGUCUCCCUGGCUGGCACUGAUGGAUGUACAUGAUGAUAUCUGUCCUGCCCAUUCACGGAAACCUGUAUGUGGGAAAGGUGACCUAAAAAACUCCAACACUGCCUCCACUAUACUUAAUGAAGAAGGAGAAGAUAAAGAGAAUACCAUCCCGGGAGGGACAAAGUCCGAGUCGGACAUCAAUGUCCAAAGAAGUCAUAGUCUCACCAGCCCUCUACGUAGUAAACAAGGGGAAGAGGAGGACCAUGACAUCACAGAAGUUUCAAAAUCCCAGUCAGAGGUCAUCGGCCACACAGAUCCCAGCCCUUUACCCUCAGUGCCUAGUGCAGAAGGGAAGCGUAAAAGCCAUGACAGCGUAGAGGCACUAGAGUCUCAGUCGGAUUUGAGACUCUCCAAGGAAAACCGUCCUCCUCCGGAGGACACCUCUAUAGCCACAUGAAAUGGCUCACACAGGUGCUCUUCGCAAUCUGAUACAGGGGAAAUUCUGUGUAUCUCUUAUUGCUCCAUCCUCCUUGGCUGCCAUCUUCCUUUCCAGAAUGGUUAUCAACUGAAAAAUCUUUCUCAGGUAGGGAAAGAGGGAUUCACAUUUUCGUAAAAAUGUGACCACAGUGGGGAGGGGAAUAGGGCUGUUGUUGGUAGAUUGUAAAUGGCUCAUUGGCAGACUUCAAUAAAAUCCAACAGACCAGUGUGCU